CGUGGCUGAGGACUCAAGGUCUACUUCAUCCAGCCGGAGGGACACGUCGUCUCGCCCCUCAAGCCGCUCGAGCUCACCGUCUUCAAGAAGAUCGGAGGAGGAAGCCCGCCGACGACCGCAGAUGAGAGCCUCGUCGGGAUGCUGGAAGUUCCUGGCGUCUGGAGGCUGAAGCUGCGGGCGAGACGCUGCUUCUGCCUGCACACGUACCCUGACUCCUACGUGUUUAUGGACGAGUCGACCAACCCGCAAGAUGAUGGUUGUCCCCCAACAGAGCGAGUGGUCGUGUUGCAGCUGCCGGAGGACGUGUCGACGACCAUGCUGGCGGACCUGCUGGCGCUCCUGCGGGAGAUGACUGACCUGCGGGAGGAGCAGGAGGGCGGUCGACAAAAAUCACCCACCGGCGUUAGCACGGUGUUACACGGACCUACCAAGAAGAUCAACACGGCAGUGAAAGGGACUGCCCCGGGAGCGCACAAGAGCACCAAGUGGCUGAGAAAGGGCACCGGGUCCUUAGUGCGCAUGGGAGGAAGCCUCGUGUCGAAGGGUAUGCACCUCAUAGCAGACCAGGUGGCGCCGGGACACCACAGGAGGAAACUUAUGAGGAAUCUGCCGUGCACUCGUAUCUGGUCGACUCUCUAGCGACCUUCCGGAAGAAGCUGGAGACGAACGAGGUCACGUACGUGUGACGCGGCGCAGCGCCAGAGGUCAGGCGAGACGGUCGGACGCAGCGCAGACGGAGAGGGCGCUGCGACGUGGGCUUCUCUUGCCGUCGGGCUUAGCGGAGGGAGAGGGGCGCCCCGAGGUCAAGCUGUGGCGUAGGAGGAUCGGAAGGAUUGUGCCAUCAAGUCAACUAUUUAUUAUAUGCACUUUUAACCAGACUUAGGGUAUAGACAGUAAAUCAGAACUUGGAAUGUAUUCAUUUAAUAUGUAUAUCAUGGGUCGUGUUUGAUUAUAAUCAAAUAUAUUUAAUAUUUGCGCCUUGUUAUUGUAUAUAUAUAUAUAUAUAUAUAUAUAUAUAUAUAUAUAUAUAUAUAUAUAUAUAUAUAUAUAUAUAUAUAUAUAUAUAUAUAUAUAUAUAAUGUCUGUAUAAACACAUGUAAACACAUAUUAAUGAAACUGUGGAGUAAGACAUCUCUAUCUGAUAUGCACGUUGAAUAUUACUACUGUGAUAAUUUUCCUAGUAAUGUUUUCAGUAUAAUGUUUAUUGAUAAUACAUUUUGGUGUUAUUUGGCAGGUCUUACAAGAACGCUCAUGUUUGUUAAUUCGUGAUUUGAUUACUGAAAAAAAUCCUGUGUGCCUUUGUGUAGUUCAAAGUGCAUAAUACCUCAUCUUGUGUAGCUUACUAGCUUCCAUUUAAUGACGCAUAUUAUCUGAAGGAAAAAAUGAACAUAUUUUUAAAUACAUGCUUUUGAAGAGCAAGUGUUGGACUUCACUAGGUUUAGAUGUUGCUUAUGAAAUGUCAUGAAUUUGACAGAGAAGAACUUCUAUGGAAAUGCCGAGUGGAAUGUGCCUUGCCCUUUGACCCUUAGGGAAAGAUUCACCGCCGAAGGAGCCACGUCUCCACGCCCCAUGAUAUAGAAAAUGAUGCUUUCUCUAGGUUCGACACACAUGAUAUAGUGUGUAAAGAAAAACGAAUGUAAUGGACUGUUUUAGAAGGAUGCAUGUGCAGUGUCAGUCUUUUCAAAAAUAUUCCAGUGAAGUUAUUUUUAAGGGGCAUUUUACAGUUCAAGGAAUGUGAAAUCCAACUACUCGAGUUUGUUGAAAUAUUUUGCAUGUGUUUUUUCCCUAAUGAUUAUUUAAGUAUUAAAAACAAUUAUGCUAUACCACGAAAUAUUCCACAUGUACAUUAUACUUUUCAAUAGUUGAAAAUAGUUAAAGGAGAAAAUGCAUGUCAACUCGCAGUUUGAAUAAACAUUGAAUUGAAGCAACUUAAAUCACAAUACAGUACGAAAACUGGCAUUUUACAAUAAAUCUAGUCUUGUAA